GACCAGGUGACAGAGCUUUUCUUCACAUCGCGAAAAAUCUUACCACUGACGAUAAGUGGACAGAACUUGGAAUUAACCUUGGAAUUACUAAUGCAAAUCUAGACAAAAUAAGAGCUAACUGCGAAGAAAUACAAGAACGCGCAUAUCAGAUGCUUAUUAMAUGGAGAGAGUGCACUGGAAACCCAACUCGACAAUCCCUCAUAGAGGCGUUAAGGAGUUGUGGAUAUAUUCAACUUAUCGAAGAAAUUAAAG